UUUGCUCCGGGCUGCAGGAGGAUGAGGCGUCGAGGCGAGGCGAGGGAGGACAGCGACACGCUCAUCGCCAUGGAAACUGAGGCGGAGAAAAACUACGGCAGCGUCGCCACGAAUGCACCUGUCCAGCCUCCGGACAGGAACGUCUUCAGUGACGGGUCGACUCGAGUCGACUUUGUGUUGGUGUGGGAGGAGCCUCUGAGCUUACAGGUGGAGGAGGGUUCAAGCCCCGCCCACAGGGAGUGGAGGCAGGUGUUCCUGCAGAAGCUGAGAAACAGCGGACUGCUGCAGGAGCAGAGAGACGUCCUUCAGCAGAAGACAAAGACCUGUUUUGUCCUCCUCAACGCCCCCUGGAGUGUCCUCUGUUUCUACGCAGAGGACAUCAGCCUCAGAGUCCCCCUGCAGGUUGUCCCCUCUCCGUUCACUAACUGGUCAGCGCAGGUUUUGUCCCGGUUGUCCGUCCCCAACCCUUUUCUUCAGGACGUCCCUAACGCCCCCCCGGACUUCUACACCUGUCAGUUCAGAAACAACAAGCUGCAGAGGUUUCUGGGCAGCGACAACAGAGACACGUUCUUUAAAACCACUCAAAGACACCAGGUGCUGUACGAGAUCCUGGCCCGGACGCCGUACGGUUCGAUGAAACGUGGGGAGGUUGGGAUCGACCGUCUGCUGAGCGAGGGGGUCUUCACUGCAGCCUACCCACUGCACGAGGGUGGAUUCCAGCUGCCCAGCCCCCCAGUGCCCCCCCAGUCUUUAGCUCUGAGACAGAUCCUGUAUUCGCACUGGGCCACCUGGUCCUCCUGGAGAAGCUACCAGCCUCUGGACCACAUCAGGGAAUACUUCGGAGAGAAGAUAGCGCUUUACUUCGCCUGGCUUGGUUUCUACACCGGCUGGCUGCUGCCGGCCUCUCUCGUUGGGACCGUGGUCUUCCUGUUCGGGUUCUGGCUCAUGGCCACCGACGUCCCAGC